UGUACAGAGGUAUAAUAGAGUCCAUGAGCGUAGAACUGAGUACAGGGGCAUAUAACCCAACACCACAUACAAACAACCGCCACAUCUCGAGGUCCACAUCUUCUCCAAUGUCAAGAAGACAUCAACAUGGCCGACCCCUUCACAGACGACUACAACACCCUCCACAACAUCCCCAAACCCGCUCUCCCAUACAUCCCCGGGUUCGAAUUCACCAUCACCGAACAUACCCCCCCAAACCACCGAGUCAUCAAAAAAUACCUGCUCACUCGCGAAGAAGCCUUCCAGCGAGAGAACACAGAUGUCCUAACCCGCUGUUUCAACAAGAGCCCCCUACCCGGCCACACCGGAUCUCAUACCCUGCGUCUCAAAAUCCGCAAACAAAUUCGAGUCAGUGACGGAAAAUCCUCCCAAAUCGUCCUCGUGGAAGUUAUAUCAAACCAGCUACCCGAGACCAUGCCUACGACCCUCGUAGCCAAGUUAUACGACCCACUCUACUGGGACCACUACCAAGACAGCGUGGACCCCUUCAUCUACAUCGACAAAGAAUACGCCACGGAGACAGCAGCAUACCAACAUCUCCAUCGUCAACUCCACGAACAUGGAGAAACCACCACCCACAUCCCCCACUUCUACGGCUCGUACACCACAGACAUCACACACCCAGAUACUACUCCUCCCCGCAACCGCCCCGUCCGGCUCAUCCUCCUUGAACACAUCAGCGGCUUACCAAUGGACACCCUCAACCCGCACACCCUCUCCCAAGCAACCCGGAAAAUCAUCCUCGAACAGAUCAUCACCGUGGAAUCCCAUAUCUACAAACUAGGCGUGGAUCACUUCGACACCUACCCCCGGAACAUCCUCAUCCAACACCACCCACACCCAUCCCCCUCAUCACCACCAUCACCAUCACCAGAAAAAAACAUCCAAAUCACCCUCCUCGACUUCGGACACGCCAAAAUCGGCCGCUCCCCCAACCCGGAAAUCAUUCCCGAGAGUGACUUCCUGGGCGGAACAUACAUCAGUCCGAUUCUACGAUGGACCACGAACGGCAGGCGCGAGCCAAUGGAUAGUUAUCACGAGUGGGUGGAUUGGGAUUGGAAUGAUUGGAUUUUUGAGGUUUAUGGGGCGGAUGUUGGGGGGAUUACGGAGGAGAUGUAUCAGUGGUUGCCGUACACUAUGGAGGAGAUGAUUGUGGGGAGGUUGGGGAAGGGUAGGGUUUAGUUGGUUCUUCGUUUUCUUUGCUUGGUUUUGGGGGUUGUGUUGUUG